GUCUUUCCCAAAUCAAGAGGGAUGCGUGCUUCCCGACUCAUUUUCCAGCCAAGGCUUGAAAGCUCCGAUUCUGCUUCCCACCCUCGCUGUGAACUUUCGGACAUUGACGUCCUGAAGGAUUCUCUGCAAUAUUCCACAUAUCGAGAGAGAGCAAGCUAACUAAUAAGAUUUCCUGCCCCCCAUCCCACACAUUGGCAUGUAAGCUGGACAUUUUUUCUGUUCCUUCUGGAAUCUUAAGUAACUUGUCUGGGAAGAGAGCUGAAUGGCCUUGGAAAAUUUGGCCAGACCUCUUGUGGACAUAAAGACCUGUGGAGAUCCAUGGGUCCAUUUUGGAGCUUUAUUAGAGACCAGAGAGAAGAUGGAGGGACAAAACCCAGCAGAUGCAGAAAUUAGAAAAGGCCCCCCAGCUGCUCAGCCUUGGAGCUGUGGGAAGAAUGGGGCAAGUCCUGGAUGGAGGAGCCACCAAGAGGCAUCCAAUAAUUCUGAGGUCCAAUGCUGUCACUUCAGAAAAGUGCAGUUUCAGGAGGGGAGCCGUCCCCGAGAUGUUUGCACUCAGCUUCACUACCUUUGUCGUCAGUGGCUGCAACCAGAAAAACACACCAAGGCUCAGAUGCUGGACCUGGUGCUCCUGGAGCAAUUCCUGGCUGUCCUUCCCCCAGAGAUGGCAAGAUGGGUGCGGGAGUGUGGAGCAGAGACCAGUUCCCAGGCGGUGUCCCUGGCCGAAGGCUUCUUGCUGACUCAGGAGGAGGAAAACAUGCAAGAAGAGUUGCAGAAAUCCAUGGAAGCUGUGACGGAGUAUCCUAAGGAGGGGAAAGAUUCAUUCAGAUCUUCUCAAGAGCUGCUCUUCAGGGAGAACUUCCAGAAAGAUCAAAGUCAAGACACUAUGCAAGUGAGUAGAAAGCUGUCUUCGGAGUUUUUAGAAUCACCUGUUUAUGCUGGAGUGGAAGGAUUAGCUGAACCGCUACUUCAGGAUGUUGUGUCUUUUGAGGAUGUGGCCGUGUAUUUCUCUGAGGAGGAGUGGUCUCAACUGGAUGCUGACCAAAAAGAGCUCUACAGAGAAGUCAUGCUGGAGAACUCCAGGAAUCUGUUUUCUCUGGGCUUUAAUGGGCAAGAAAAUAAGAAUUGCAAGGAGGAAUGCCAAGCGAUCCAUUUGAAAGGGGGGAAAAGGGAAUUUGAAGAUCAAAUGCAACCAAAGACUGAUGAAACAAAGCAAUCACAAAGUGGAAUUAACAAUGGUUUUCCUCUGGUCAGUUGGCUUCCUAACCAUACAGUGAUCGAGACAGGGGAAAGUACAUAUAUAUCCAUGGAGUGUGGAAAGAGGUUCAAUAAAUCCGAUCAUCUCGUUUCUCAUAAAAAGAAAAAUUCAGAAGAGAAACCAAAUACCUGUAGGGAGUGUGGAAAGAGUUUUAGGAAGAGUAGUCAUCUUGCCUCCCAUAAUAGGAUUCACAAAAGAGUAAGACCUUAUAAUUGCUUGGAGUGUGGAAAGACCUUUACUCGUAGCAGUCAUCUUAAUUCCCACAAGAGGAUCCACACAGGAGAGAAGCUAUAUGAAUGCAUGGAGUGCGGAAAGACCUUCUGCUUUAAUCACUCUUUUAUAAGACAUCAAAGGAAUCACAAAGGAGAAAGACCUUAUAAAUGCGUGAAGUGUGGAAAAACCUUUACUUGUAGCAGUAGUCUGAAUUCCCAUAAUUUGAUCCAUACAGGAGAGAAGCCAUAUCAAUGCAUGGAGUGUGGAAAGGGUUUUAGGAAGAGUGGUAAUCUUAAUACUCACAAGAGGAUCCACACAGGAGAGAAACCGUAUCAAUGCAUGGAGUGUGGAAAGUCCUUCUGUUAUAAUCGUUCUUUUAUAACCCAUCAAAUGAAUCACAAAGGGGAAAGACCUUAUAAAUGCAUGGAGUGUGGAAAGACCUUUGCUUGUAGCAGUUAUCUUAAUUCCCACAAGAGAAUCCACUCAGGAGAAAGACCUUAUGAAUGCAUGGAGUGUGGAAAGACCUUUAUUUGUAGCAGUUAUCUUAAUUCCCACAAGAGGAUCCACACAGAGAAACCGUAUCAAUGCAUGGAGUGUGGAAAGACCUUCUGUUAUAAUCGUUCUUUAUUAACCCAUCAAAUGAAUCACAAAGGAGAAAGACCUUAUAAAUGCAUGGAGUGUGGAAAGACUUUUAUUUGUAGCAGUUAUCUUAGUUCCCACAAGAGGAUCCACACAGUAGAAAGCCCUUAUAAAUGUGUGGAAUGUGGACAGGGCUUUAAAAGGAGUUGUGAUCUCAUGUCCCAUAAAAGGAUCCAUACUGGAGAAAAAACCAUAUGAAUGCAUGGAGUGGAGCUUUUGAAGUAGUAGCGCUUUUACUCGCCAUAGAAGCAUCCAACAUCGGGGAAACCAUUUCAAUAAAGGAAUUGUGGAGAGAGCUUCAAUAGAAAUCCAGAUAGUUCUCACCUCACAACUGCAAUUGUGCCCAAAAUUUCUGUUGCUAAGGAGAACAGUCAUUAAGUGCAUUUUGCCCCGUUUUAUGACAUUUCUUGCCACAUUUGUUAAGUGAAUGACUGCAGCUGUUAAGUUAGUAAUACUGUUAUAAAAUGAAUCUGGCUUCCCCAUUGGAUUUGCUUGUCAGAAGCCCUCAAAAAAUGAUUACAUGAUCCAGGGACACUGCAGCUGAUAUUAAUCAGUUGCCAAACAUCUGAAGUUUCAUCAGGUGACCAUCGGGAUGCUGCAAGUCAUAAGUGUGAAAAAUGGUCAUAAGUCACGUUUUUCAGUGUUGCUGUAAUGUUGGACAAUCACUAAAUGAUCUGUAGUAAAUCGAUAGCUACCUAUAGUUGUCUAAAAUCUCUUACAAGUACAAUUUGAGUAAUAAUUCAAAUAAACUGUAUACCUUCUUAGAUAUGCAUCCAU